UUUCGUACGUUUUUUCGUGUGCCCAGUUCAUUGCCGCCGGUAUUUUCUAGAACGGAGUCAGUAGGUUGUGGCCCUGCUCCAGGUGCAUCGUAUCGGUCGUACCUAUCAGUCAGUACGAUAUAACACACGCGCAGUCUCGCGCUCACACUCUGCGGAGGACGACCGGCACGCGAAUCGUAUAUAGUAUAGUAAUUCUCUUAUCCCGAGACACUUAAAUAAACGUGCCCGGCGUUGCAUCGUGCAUCGAAGUUCUAGUUUUCAUCGCUAUAACCUUAAAACCGGCAUACACACACAAUACUUUAAUACUUAAAACUGUAUACACACAUCGGGACAGUGUAAUGUGCAAUUGUUGAAACUGUAUACUUAUAUAUACUCCAGCGAGCACAAACCGUAUUCCGUAAUCGACGAAAGAGUAUAAUCUAUACCUUGCGAUACGAUGAAGAGUCUCGGAUUUGCCGAGUACCUUGCCAUUUGCUGGUGUCUGUGCCAAUGCCUGAUCUAUCACGGCGCAUCCGGAGCCAGGGAUUCCGCGUGCCCAAGGAUAUGUCCUCAGGGGAGUUCUGAAGAACCGGUAUGCGGUUCGGACGGUAUAAUCUAUCCAAACGAGUGUGAGAUGAAAAAGAAAACUUGCGGCAAAGGCAUAGUCACAGCGGAGAGUUCAACGCAGUGUUUGCGGGCUUACGGAUCGAAUUGCGAACACCGUUGCGGCAAAGAACAGGACCCGGUGUGUGGUACCGACGGCCGAACGUACCUGAACAGAUGUAUGAUGCAAGUGGAAAUAUGUAGGGUUGGCACGUCGAUGUCGCACUUGGGACCGUGUAACAACAUAUCGGCCCAUCGGGAAAACUGUCCGGUAAACUGUGAACAAGCGCCAAUGGAUGGACCAAUUUGUGGAUCCGACGGAAAUGUUUACAGAAACACUUGUCAGAUGAAACUGUUCACUUGCGGCCAAGGAGUGGUGAGGACGUCCAAGAAACAUUGUCAGACGACCAGACACUGUCGGGAAUCAUGUUGGCGAGUGUCGAAGCCUACUUGCGGGUCAGACGGCAACAUAUACAGCAACGCGUGCCGGAUGAAGUCCAAAAACUGUGGUAAGCACGUGUUCGAGGUGCCCAUGGCGUUCUGCUUAAGCCAAGAACGUAAUCGGGUCGGUUCAGCGAACGCGUGUCCAGUGAGUUGUGACAAAGAGAAAGACAGGCUGACAUGCGGCUCCGAUGGCAACGUAUACCGUAGCGAGUGCGAAAUGAAAAUGCUCAACUGCGGUCAACAGUCCAAGAAGAAGGUGACCAAGGUAGAUUUGGAAAAGUGUAGGGCCAGAAUCAACAAGUGCAACAAGGGUCAAUGUCCAGAUGAAGCGGACCCGAUUUGUGGAAACGACGCUCAGACUUACAAAAAUCAAUGUCAAUUGGACCAGGCCACUUGUUUGAGAGGAAUCCAAAUGGCACAUUUGGGCAAGUGCUCGUCACUGCUGUCCACAGAAAAGUGCCCGCAGAGCUGUGAAAACGAACGCGAAGAACCGGUAUGCGCGUCCGACGGCAACGUUUACAGGUCGGAGUGUGAUUUGAAGAUGAACACAUGCGGACAAAAAGUUGUGGCCGUUCCGCCACACCACUGUCCGACAACAGCCUUGUGCCACCAACAAUGUGACAAGACCAAAGAGUUUGUGUGCGGAUCUGACAACAAGCUGUACAGGAACGAGUGCGAAAUGAAACGCGAAAACUGUGGGAAACACGUAUAUGUAGUGCCCAUGAAGAGGUGUCUGACCGGAUUCCAGUUCAAAGGAUGCCAGAGAGUGUGUCCGACCCUGUACGACCCGAUAUGCGGCACCGAUCUGAAGACUUACAGCAACGACUGUUUCUUGGAAAUGGAGAACUGCCGGUCCCGGUCGCUGGUCAGCAAACAGUAUCAUGGAGUUUGCGGACAGCCCACCGAAGAGCCCAAAAACUAUUUGUACUGAUCCUACAUAAUAUUAUUAUUUAUUAUAGUAUUAUAGUAUUAUACUAUUAUUCACGAUUACGCAUACAUAAUUUAUUAU